CGGUGCAGCUCUACUAAUUAGUUUACUAAGCCUCAGUGUGACAUUUCCAUCGGUACAGUAAGUUGUUCAGAAGCGAUUGCACAGAAGGGAAAUAAUUAUUUUCUGUGAUACUGUGAUUAGUUCGAACGAUCGUUUUUGUUCAUUUAUGGAUUCACCGAGCGCAAUGGACGAUAUUCAACUGAGCAAGGAUCAAAUAGCACAGUUGAAAAUGGGUUUCGAAGCUUUCGAUCCGGACAAGAAAGGUUCCAUCACCUCGGACACCGUUGGUACAAUUCUCGGAAUGAUGGGAAUGAAGAUCCCAACGCAACAAUUAUUGGAGGUCAUUGCCGAGUUCGACCCAUUUGGAUCGGGAGAACUGAGCUUCCAAGAAUUCUGUGGAUUGGCCUCCAGAUUCAUGGAGGAGGACACAGACACCGAGGCGAUGCAGCAAGAAUUGCGAGAAGCCUUUCGUCUGUAUGACAAAGAAGGAAACGGUUACAUCACCACCGAUGUGUUCCGAGACAUUCUUCACGAAUUGGACGAUGCGCUCUCCCCUGAGGAGCUUGACAUGAUCAUUGAUGAGGUGGACGCCGAUGGAUCUGGCACGGUCGAUUUCGAAGAAUUCAUGGAGGUCAUGACAGGCUAAAUUAUCACCUUGGCACGAUGCGGCAAGCACAAACGACCGCGACUUGCCCGGUUCCUACGUACGAAAACUGCAAUUUACACGAGAUGUAUGCACACCGUUGGCAAAGUAUAUGAAGUUAAAGGUUCGUAGGUGAUGUUCGUUAAGACGAACGAGAAGGAACACGAUGUUGUCGGUAUAGCUGAGAAAGUAUUUCUGCCCUGUUCCUCACUUUCGGACUCACAAUCGGCUGAAAUGUAUUUCUAUCUAUACCGGAAUUAACCGCACGAUUCGGGGUCGUAUGUAGAAACAGGUUUAUAUCGACGGAUAUAAAUUGACGUUUCUAUCUUAAAUCCUUCCUACAAUUUUUCGUAAAGAAAAUUAAUUGUUUUAAGAAGAGAAUGAAAGAUCGUAUGAAGUUUGGUAUUGCGAUUGAGUCCAUUAAAAUUUGAGAGAUCUUGUUAACUUUACACUUUGCCUGCGAUACAUAUUAUUUAAAAAAAAAAAAACCUGUACCUACAUGUAAGUCAACACAACCGUACAAAAAAUAUAAGACGAGAAAUAAAAGUACAAAAAAAUAGCAAAGAUAA